UAUAAAUAAACUCCAUCCUUCUACUUUCGCCACGUAAUCGAUUGCGACCGCAGAGAUGCACUGCUGCGCCCUUCCAUUUCUAGCUCCGGCACCACCACCGUCGCCCGCAGUACAAGAACUCACCAAAGCCAGCGUUUGGCCUCCGAAUCUCCCUUCCCGGUGCCUUUCUCCGCCUCCCUGCUGUUCCCUCCCCCCUGCCUCCUCCUUUCCGACCGAGUCGGUCUCUCGGCGUUCCGUGAAACCCCCAACGAAGCCCCAUCCAAGCCCUAAUCUCCGGAGGCUCACCUCCCGGAUCGUCGAGCUCUCCCGGAGGCGGCAACUCCGUCAGAUCUUCGACGAAGUGGAGCUCGCCAAAAGGCGGUACGGCCGGCUGAACACAAUCGUGAUGAACGCGGUGAUGGAGGCUUGUGUCCAUUGCGGGGACGUGGGUUCGGCUCGCCGGGUAUUUGAUGCAAUGGCCCACCCCGAUGGAUGCGGCGUGGAUGACAUCUCAUUUGGCAUUUUAUUGAAGGGUUUAGGUGAGGCCCGAAAAGUUGAUGAAGCCUUUGAAAUUCUUGAGUCUAUAGAACAAGGGUCCGCCACUGGGAAACCACAAUUGUCAGCUCAUCUUAUUUUUGGGUUGUUAAACUCUCUAAUGGAAGCAGGAGAUAUGCGCCGUGCUAAUGGUCUUAUUGCACGUUAUAAUUCUGUACUUCGUGAAAAGGGUCAAUCGCUUUUGCUUUACAAUAUGCUAAUUAAGGGAUAUGCAAGGAGUGAUUUCCCUCUUGGUGCAUUAGCUGUUUGGGAUGAAAUAGUACGUCAAGGAUUAAAGCCUGAUAAAUUGACAUACAAUACACUUAUCUUUGUUUGUGUAAAAUCUGGAAGAACAGAUGCUGCCCUUCAGUUGCUUGCAGAAAUGAAGGAAGAAGCUGAAAAAUCUACUUGUGAACUCAUUCCAGAUGCUGUCACAUACACAACAUUACUCAAGGGAUUUGGGGAUAACAAAGAUCUACUUUCAGUAAUAAAGAUUGUGGAAGAAAUGAAGUUCUCUAAAGUUUUUAUUGAUAGAACUGCAUAUACUGCCAUGGUUGAUGCAUUCCUCGCAUGUGGAUCAAUCAAAGGUGCUCUUUGCAUUUUUGCAGAGAUAAUGAAGCAAGCUGGCGACAGUAAUUUAAGGCCUAAGCCUCAUCUUUACCUUUCAUUAAUGCGGGCUUUUGCACUGAAGGGGGACUUGGAUAAUGUCCAAAAGUUAAACAUAAGACUGUGGUCUGAUUCUACGGGUUCAAUUUCUCCUUCUAUUCAAGCAGAAGUAGAUGAAUUAUUGAUGGAAGCUGCAAUAAAUAAUAAUCAGGUUGGCAUUGCUAAGGAUAUUUUGUCCAAGAUAACUACUAAAAAGGAAGGAUUUUCUUGGACAAGUAGAAGUGGCAUGAUUGCAAUCAAAGUAGAAGCUUUAUUAGGAUUCACUGGCUCGGUGCUCAGUCCUCGUAUUCUUCCUCAGGUAUUUGUGGAUGAUCCAGUAGAGAAGUAUAUGACAACAAUUGAAGAGGCCAGGCCGUUACUUGCAAGCAUUACCUUAAACAAGGCCAUCAUGCGUUUCUCCAAGGAUUCUGCUGUUCCAGUAGUGGAUGACUGGGGCAAUUGUGUUGGAAUUGUUUAUCGCACUGAUUGCAAGAAGUUGGAUGCCCCGAUAUCUUCAAUGAUGAGAGGCCCUCCACCUUGUGUAACAGCAUCGACAUCUAUUGGUAGGGCAAUUGAUCUUCUUCUUGAAAGAAGAUACCAAAUCUUAGUAGUAGUUCGAAAUACUGAUAUCUAUCAAACUAUUUAUAGCUUUAGUUCGAGGCCUGUUGGAGUUUUCUCACUUGAAAAUUUGUCUAGGCUUAGGCAUAUUUCGUCAGCUAUGCAAGAAAAGUAAUUCCGUAGAACAUCAGAUGUUGAAUGGAGAAUAUUAUUUUUUUAAAAGAAAAUUCCUUAAUAUCA